AUGUCCGAACGGCGAUUAAGCGCUCGAUUGCAUCAGAAAGAUGUUGACCCGCCAAACUCGAAGCGCGUUCAGGGCUAUGGCAAUGUCAAGACCUCCAAGCAGACCUCAGAGUCAUUGCGCGCACAAGCUGCCAAAUCUCUUAAUGAGAAAAAGCGCAAAUUGGAUUACGAUGAGGACGACGACGGGUUCCUGUUUACUCGCGUCAAGAAACAAAAACCGCCACCCAAAGAGAUCGAACAACUACAAUUACUCACAACUACGCAACAGCCGCUGCCCCAGUCUGAAAGCUUAGAGCACACAAGACAGUCGAAAGGGGAUGAUGCCAAGCCAAAUGAUAAAAAAGGGAGGAAGAGGCUCUCAUUUUCGACGCCCACUCCCAACGAACAACCCUCGGUGCGCCGUUCGAAGCGUUUGUCGCGUGAGUAUGAAGACCGAGCCACAACUCCGGUGACCAAACCCGAAAGAAAGGCCAUCUCAAAGCAAGCGAAUAACGUUUCCAUCGAGGAGAAGAAGUCUUCACCUGCAAAACCUAAGAGAAAGCCACCAAAACAGCCCGUGGUGGAAAUACCGCGUCCUACACAGGCUCAAACUCAGCCUGAAUCUCAACCUCCACCAUCAACGAUCUCUGAGCAAGUGCCACCUCCACAAUCUCAGGAUCAGAUCCAACCAGGACCAACGACAAUUCCAACACAGGACGAGGACCAUGCUGCCACAAAGAUCGCCUUGCCUUUCGCCGACACGCCGGUGAUCAAGCGAAACAAAGCGAUGCGAGAGGGCAAAGGUGGCAAAGGAGAAAGGAGAAGUAGUCUCGGAUUUCGAGGACGAAGGGCAAGCUCCUUGAUUGAGACGGGAAAUUCUAAUGCUCUGCCACAUAGCGAAGUGGAAAUCCCCGACUUCUACAAGCAUAUUGAGAGCGAAGGUCUUCUAGAGCCACGGCGCAUGAGACAACUAUUGACAUGGUGCGCUACUCGCCUAUUAGACGAGAAACCGAUGGGUACGGACUUCGAAGAUGCAAGUGCUCGUUCAGCAGCUCGCGUUAUCGAAGAAGAAUUACUAAAUGACCUGGCCAAUCGAUCUGAGCUCUCUGACUGGUUCAGUCGAGAGGAUGCACCUAUACAGACGAAACCACUUCCACACAGGGCCAAUCCCAGGAACCUUCAGAACGCUGAGAAGAUCUCCGAACUGGAAGUGCAAAUCAAGAGGCUUCAGGCAGAAAAAUCGGAAUUGGAGUCUCUUCUACGACCACCCAGUGUUCCGGACCGAAAGAAUCUCGACCUCUCGGCAGGCACAUUGCCAGUAGGGGAACUCGUUUCACAGUCCGACAAUGCAGCUCUGGCUAUGUUGCAACAGCACGUCACGACUUCGGUUGAGAUCUCGAAAGACCUUGGUGAGCUCUACGACUCGAUUGAGCCAACGAUUGAUGCCUUUGCAGAUGGUAUGCACCGAAUAGGGCAGUACCGUGAUGCAGCGGACACUAUGGCUGGGCGAGUCCUGUCAAUAUGUGCCGAAGGACUGGCCAAGAGAGACAAAGAAGAGAGGAAAAGAGCACUUGCAAGCGACGGAAAGACACCACCAAAAGAUCUCAGUGCAGUGCUGCGGAGUCUGAGCAGAGCAGACAGAUGA